GUAGAGUUAAACUUAUUAUUUAAUAAUGGGAGCGGGAUCUUCAGGGACCGUAAGCGAGAAGAUUGAUGAUCUUGUUACAAAAACAUAUUUUGACAGAAAGGAACUCAAACUGUGGUAUAAAGGUUUUUAUAAAGAGUGUCCCUCUGGGCGCCUAACAAAAGAUGAAUUUGAUAAAAUAUACAGAGAAUUUUUUCCUCAAGGAAAAGUAGAAUCUUUUUCUCAGCACAUUUUUAAUGUUUUUGAUACUAAAAAAUCAGGCUUUAUUGAUUAUGUGGACUUUGUAACUUUUCUAAGUAUCGCCUCGCGUGGGAGUAUUGAAGAAAAACUAAACUGGGCUUUCAAAAUUUUAGAUGUUAAUAAUUCCGGAUCUGUUAAAAAACAAGAAAUGCUUUCGGUGAUUGAGUCAAUGCAAGAAAUGUUAAGUAACUUCACAGAUAUUGUUUCUACUGAAAAUUCUCCCCAAAGUCGUGUUGAUAAAAUUUAUGAGCUCCUAGACAAGAAAGAAGAUGAAGCUAUUCGGUUAGAAGAAUUUGUCUCUGCCUGCUCACGUGAUCCGUCGGUGUGUCAAUCUCUCUCUCUUUAUGAUGGUUUUAUUUAA